AUGAGGGAGGACACCAGCAUCUCACGUUACAGAGAUAAGCUAGAUCAUACACUCUCAUCUCCUGACCUUACAAAUGCAGAGACACUGAGGGGCCUUGUCAAAGAUCAAAUUAUGCGUUCGUCAGUAAUGGAGAAUGAAGAUUACUUUGACCAGAUACUGGAAACUAGAACCAAAGAAGUCUCAAAUUUUCUUGGCAUGUUGAGGAGUGCCUCAGUGGAUGAUGUUGCAGAGCCACAAAACAGCAGGGUCUCACGUGGUGGUUGGAAAGUAAAACAGGAUACUGAAGAGUUCCGUGUCAUGUAUAGAGAAGGGCCAGAGGGCACUCCGUUACAUACCCUACUUGUUGAAGGAUAUGUGGAUGGGCCUACAGAUGUUUGUCUAUGCAUCUCAUGGGAAGCGGGCUUAUAUCCAAAAUGGUGGCCUCAGAUUAUGGUUCCAACCUUCAAGAUUGUCUCUUCCGAUUGUCUCCAGAAGGUCAGAAUUGGUGAACAGAUAUGUUUAGUGAGGAUGAAGCUUUCGUGGCCAUUGUCGACAAGAGAGGCUCUAGUCCACUACUUUGAAUUUGAGUACAUCCAAGAUGGUCUCGUUAUUGUUCUUUUAAACUCGAUAUCUGACCUGGAAAGCAUUAAUAAAAGUACUCAUGGUUUCUCUAGAGAUGGCAUACCUGAUCCCCAGGACGUAAUCAGGAUUGAUGUGGUUGGGGGUUUUGCUAUACAGAAAGUGUCUACAACCAGGAGUUACUUCCGGACAAUAGCAAAUAUGGAUAUUAAAUUGGACUUUGUUCCCCCUUCAUUGAUCAAUUUUGUUUCAAGGCAGCUCGUAGGCAGUGGUUUCAAGCUUUAUAAAAAGGAAGUUGCUUCAGUUUCGAAGGGUGAUGAGGAUUUUGGCAAGGCUUUGAAAGAUCCGUUGUAUACUCGCAUUCGUGAAGCACUAUACUCAAAUAGUUUACCUACUGUAGGUCCUCAACUAGAAGAGCAGAAGCAUGAUACUUCCUUUUUGCUGGAAGAAGAAUCACGACGGACACUUGAAGGUAGUAGUUCUCAAGAGAUUGUUCAUGAUGACGAUCUUUCUGCUCAUUCAGAAGCUGGGGAAUUAUUUCUUCAAGACAAAAAACCUCACAUUGAGAUUGAAGAGGUCAAGGAAAGUGAUAGUGAAGAAAGUAUAUCAUUGGCUGCAAAUGGUGACAAAUCUGGUAGUUUACAAGUUAAUGAGAUAAAUACAAGAACUUUUGCUGACAGCCCAAGAAUAACUAUUCGACCAGAGGUGGAAAAAGCUUUGACUUUGUUGGAUGAAGUGAUAUCUAUUUUUCAAGAAUACCGAUCAAAUGAUGAAACCAAGUUUAUGCACUCUCCUCCUGUCAUUGCCGGUGAAGAAUCACCAAACUUGGACAAGAUUGCUUUCACAGAGUCAGUGGCCUCAGAACCAGAUAAAAUCUGGAAAACUGUCAAUGUAUCAGCUCAGCCAAGAAAAAGUGUAGAAUCCGAAGUGAUUGCCUCAAAUGAAUCCAGGCGCAGCUCUGCUAGCCAUGGUUCCAGACGUACAGGAAGUACCAUCUACUCCAGAGAAGCAAACCAUAACAAAAUAGCCCCAGCUUCACCAGAUGAGGAUACCACAAGUACUCAUGCUACUCACCAUAACAAUGCCUUGCAUUUGUCUGAAAAUCACGUGACAGAAUUGAGUCUCCACGAGAAGAUAGCCAAGGAAGAGAAUGUAAUCGCAGUUGAUGCAAACAGUUUUGAUGGAAAUAAAGGGGGGAAAAGUAAGAGCAGAAAACCUCAUUUUUUAUGCUGCUUUGGCUUUAUGGAAAUGGCCGCAGUCAGCUAA